AUGCCGACUGAAGACAAAUUGACAAAAAAGAACGAACUGAUGCGAAAAGACAAGAAAAAUCGGGAGCACGUAGAUGGCAUAAAGUUUACGGCUGGCAGGUUCUUCAAAGGAACAGACACCAAUGUAUGCACGAUUGUCAUGGAAGAGACCAUUGAAACAUUCCUCAUAGAGACUCAAAGACUGGCAGACGCUGGUGGAAAGAAAGCAUGCCGGACAAUUGAAAAAGAACAACAACGAAAACCACAAAACAGCAACACAAACAACAACAGCAACAUUUCUAUUUCUAUUGGAUUAGAAAUAGCAUUGGAGUGGCUUGAUAGUUAUAACGAGUGGAAGGAAGCGAUCACGCUAACAGACAGCAUGGUCAUGAGACACAUGCAAAAGCAAGAACCAACGACUACACAAACUACAAAAGUUCAGACACGAAGGCACGGCGUGCAAAAGACGCAAUUAGUUGAAAAAUUGAAAAAAAACCCCGGGAAACAAUGGAGGGCCUGGCAAUCAUUGAAGCCUUAUUAA